GGGGACUGACGUCUGUCUGUCGCGGUAGUGUGUCGAUGGGGAGUGGCGACAGUCCAUGAGAUGACCGGUAUAAGACGUCCCCCGUCCCACUGAUAGAUCCAUGACAACGCCCAGCAGCGCUGACCUGGCAACGAACGACACGCACUGAACUAAGCCUGCCUGCCCAGACACGCACACACGCCAUGUCCCCAGUCUUCAGCUACCUCGCCGCGCGCGGCAACGACGCGCUCCAGUCCAACCCUUCUACGGGGGCCGACAUCCGCCUCACGACCAACGGGAGCAGCUUCCUCUGGGCCAUUUUUGCCCUCGUGGCUGUGUUCCUCUUGGGUAUCAUGUUCUGGACUACCCGCGUGGCGCGCGGCGCGAGGGUGUGGCACCAUCUCGUUGUGAUCAACCUCACUAUCAUGACCGUCGCAUACUUCUCCAUGGCGUCAAACCUCGGCUGGACGAUCGUGCGCUCCGAGUUCGGCCACUACCAGGGCAAGGGUCUUGAGCGCCAGGUGUUCUGGGUCCGAUACGUCGACUGGAUCCUCUCGGUCAUCUUCCUGAUCCUCCCCGCCACCCUCGCCUCGCCGCUCAACCUGUCCGACACGCUCGCGACCCUCUUCUGGGCGGUGCUGACCUUCACCCUGCGCCUGGUCGGCGCGCUCACGCCCAGCACGUACAAGUGGGGCUUCUUCACCAUGAGCCUGUUCUCUAGCUGGGCUCUCCUGGCGUACCUCUUCGUCCCGAUCCGUCGCGGUGCCGCGAGCCUCGGCGGCGACUUUGCCCGCCUGGCGACCACUUUCGCCGGCGUCGCGGCCUUCUUCCUCGGCAUCCUGUACCCUAUCGCCUGGGCGCUCGCGGAGGGCGGCAACGUCAUCUCCGUCACCUCCGAGAUGGUGUUCUACGCCGUCCUCGACAUCCUCUAUCGCCCCGUGUUCCUCUUGCUCUUCCUCUACCAGAUCGCCGACAUCGACACCCACGUCCUCAAGCUCAACGCCGGCAAGUACACCCUCGACGGCGGCGAGGCUGCGUUCCCGUCCUCCACCGUGCACGAGCACAACGAGAAGGCACUCCGCAUGCCCCACUUCAAGAAGGUCCUCCCUCGCCGCGGCGCGCACGACGCGCCCAUUUCUGAACCGGUGCCCGUAGCCGCGGCCCCGACGGCCACGACUGCCACGACUGCCACGACUCCCAACCCGCCGCGCCUGUCCGAGGCGACGGUGCACGAGCAGGCGUCUGCUUAAUCGCCGUGACAAAUCCAUGUCCUGCGCCACUUCAACCUUCUCAAGAAGCUCUUUAAUCUAAUCUGUUUUAUCCCUUAUAAUGCGAUGACAUGGUUGCUUCUAAUUCUACA